AUGGCUGAAGUUGCUGGCCUCAUUCUGGGGGUAAUACCUCUUGUUAUAUCAGCCCUGAAGUAUCGAAAUGAACUGUCGGAGCAUACACUGGCAUUUUUCCGGUGGCAAAAAGCCAAAUCGUUGAUGAUUCGACAACUAUCGUUAUGUCUUGUGGACUUUGAGAUGAACAUGCGGCUGCUACUCAAGGACACUGCGAAACCACAAGCUCAGUUACAAAUGAUCGAAAACCCUCGACAUAUUAUGUGGAAUGAUGGCCGAUUCCUCCAAACGCUGGAACAGAAGCUUGGCAAGGCUUACACGCUAUUGAUAAGCAUGCUACGAGAGAUAGAAACUAUCAUCAUUUCUAUCGCGUCAAGCCUUGAUAUGGCUGUCGCAGGAGAGGAUGUGAAGAAAGGACUGGGAGUCUUCUUACAGGAAGGUCUUACUCUUUCUCAGAACGCAUGUUCGGGAAAGACUGUCCAACUACAACAGCGGGCCAAGUUUGCAUGGAAACGCCAGCAGAUUAAAACAGAAAUCAAGGAACUGGCCGAGUGCAAUGCUAGACUGCACAGGAUCUUGACAGCCUCCAACCAGCUCACGGAGACACUGCAAGCCGUAGAAACGGGCGGGAAAGUGGAGGUUGGUUUCGUGGGGUCUUUGGAAGAUAUCUCCAGAAAUGCUUCGAGAGUCCAUGAUACCCCGUCCAGCAGUUGGUGCGCCCUUGGUGACUGUAACCAUCAGGCUGCCAUAAUGUUAGAGGAGAGGCUGUCUCGGAAGUCUAUAACCCACAGAUCUGGAGCAACCCGUCCAUAUGGAAAUGCUGGGCACUUCAGUGUCUCGCUUUGGAGAGACACCGUGGCAACGUGGCUGAAUGCUGAAUUUCGCUUGGACCCAGAUGGAAUGUAUCAACCAGGAAGGAAGAGUCGCAAUCGUCGCGUUCGUUUCCAGCCUUCUCAUGUGCCCGUUGAUGGGCCUUCUUCCCAAGAGGUCACUGAUAUCUGCACAUUCAUUCGACAGACCGCUCAUUCCGAGUUAAGCUUUCUUAUUGAUAGCCACAACGUUCUGCAUCGCCUUGAUAGACCCGACAAUCCACACCGUCAUUUGCUGGAAACAGGGGUCAGUCUGUAUGAUCUGUUACCAGAACUAAGAAAGCAAUCGUUUGCCUUGUCUGACUUCUACCGCCUCGCCAUCACCUUGGCGUCAUCUGUCCUUCAGCUUCGAGACACUUGUUGGCUUCACCGAUCUUGGAACAAACAAAAUAUCAUGUUCUUUCGGCCUGGCUCCGAUGGAGAGACAUCAGCGGAUGUGCGUUAUCCGUAUCUCACCAUGAAUUAUGAAACAGCGCUACCUCCAAGAUAUCAGCAAACUGAGCACCAUAUUAUGCUUGGCCUUGCCAUCAUGCUCAUGGAAAUAAAGACAGGAACACCGAUUGAGUGUCACAGACAUCCGGACGAUCUAGGCUCCGAUGGAACGCUCAAUGCCUCAUCGAAUUAUCUGACAGCCUCAAGGUGGCUUGGCCAGUUAACAGAUCGUGGAAGGUUAUCGUGGAGGUACGGUGAUGCUGUGAGAUAUUGUAUCAAGUUUUAUGACGAUUAUUGUGCCUCUCUAGAAGACGCUGAGACCCAAAAGCAAUUCAAAGAAGCAGUAAUCGGUGGUUUAGAGAUAGAGAUGCAAGCUAUAGUGCAUGGCGUUUAA